AAGAAGUCAAACAAAAAAUAUAAAAAAUAAAAAAAUAUAUUAACUAACGAAUGGAUCUGGUGACCGGCAGUUAGCUAAACAAUUGUAUUCCAAGCACGACGACGUCCGUGGUUGUUAAAUUCAUUUGUCUGUUUGUAAGUCUCUCCCCUAUAUAACUUCCUAGCUUCGGCAACAUGCAUUUCGGUAUUGUGGGUAGCGGCAUUGUUGGUCUUACCACUGCUUUGGAAUUACAAAAUAACUUUCCAAAUGCCAAGGUGACCAUUUUGGCUGAUCGUUUCAAUGAGGACACCACCAGUUAUAUGGCCGCUGGAAUUUUCCGACCCAGCACCAGUUUUAUGGGUCCAACGCAAGAGAUAACACAACAAUGGAUAAAUGAUGCCUUCCAUUACUGGGAUGAUAUACGUCGUUCCAAUAAAGCGUCUUUGGCUGGUGUUUGCCAAUUAUCGGGCUAUAUAUUUUCCAGUACAUCUCCAUCGAUAGUGAGAAAUCAUUUUAUUGAAAAAUUAUUGCCUAUUUAUCGGCAAGCUACAGAGGAAGAAUUAAAGCUAUGCCAAGGCAAUUGGAAAUAUGGUUCCUUCUUUACGACAUGUGUUACGGAGAGCCGUCUCUUCCUGCCCUACGGCACACAAAAAUUCAAGGAAGCCGGUGGUGUGGUACUAUUCCAUCAUGUUGAUUCACUGAAAACCCUGCCAGAGAAAUAUGACGUUGUUGUCAAUUGCACAGGUAUGGGUGCCAAAGAGUUAUGCGGUGAUCAACAAUUGGUACCCAUUCGUGGUCAAGUGCUGAAAGUUCGCGCCCCCUGGAUCAAGACUGCAUUCUAUGGAGAUUAUGACACUUAUAUUGUACCCGGCUUUGAUACCGUCACCCUUGGUGGUUGUCGCCAAUAUGAUAGUUAUAAUUUGGAUGUGUGCAAAUAUGAUUCCAUGGCCAUUAAGGAACGUUGUUACAAUAUGUUGCCAAGUCUAAAGAAGGCGGAAGUUGUUCGCGAAUUCGUUGGCUUGCGGCCACAUCGUUCGGUGGUACGCGUUGAAAAGGAAAUAAUGCAACGUUCCGUCGAUGGUAGUGCAAUUAAGAUUGUUCACAAUUAUGGUCAUGGUGGUUAUGGUGUUACCACUGCUCCUGGUACCGCCAAAUAUGCUGUGAAAUUGGUUCGUGAAAUGUUAGUGGGCAAUAGUAAAUUGUAAAUAUUUUAUGUGGAAAAGAGUGUUCUGUUUAUAAUUCAAAUAUCAAAUGUUUUUACUUGUUAUAUUAAUAAAUAAGAUUGUAAUAUAUUAUCAACAUUUUAAUAGAAA